AUGACAGUGAGUCUGGAGGACCUCAGACCCGACAUAUUUUGCCAUGAAAGUGAGACGGUCUUGAGCGAAAUCGGUAUCAAGCGCAAGGUAACCACUACCAGUGAAGAGAGCUCCGCUCAUCCCCGUUAUGGCUUCUACGCCGUAGGUCAAGAGGCUGACAUGGUCUCGCAUUUUCGUUACUGCUUACAUGCAUCUCAUUUUAGCAAGGGGGGCGUGUUUCCUCCAUAUUCGUCGGCCUGCAGCGUAGAAUUUGCGAGUUGUUAUUCGUCUUGCCCGCCCAAGCGCGAAGGCUUCGCCCCCAUUGCCCGUACAGAUAGAGAGAUAUGGCGCAGGGAUGAAGUAAAGAUAUUCAACCACCACGAUGAACAGCCAGAUCACGUUCAUUUCGGCCCCUCCAGCUUCUUCUAUGAUGAGAACGGAGUUCUCGCUGGAGUGUUGUUUCCAUCGUCUACACGGUCAGGAAACUGGUUGGUUCAGGCGGGAAAGAAUUACCUCGCAAUACGGCCAGGACCGGACGAUAGAUACAACCUUGUGGGACGAGCAAUCUUUCUCAAGAGGUCUUUUGAUGCCGAUAGUUUGGUCAGCGAUAAGACUAGCAGUAACACUGACAGCGACACUCCUGAAGAUAUCCUAGCACUUGCUCAAGCUGAUUCCGCCGUCGACGAAAUUGAUCAGAGUAAAGCUAGUGAGCUCUUGCGAUUUACUCCAGGGCUGUCUUAUGCGGAAGAGUCUCACAAGGAAGGAAAGCGGACGUAUUCCGGGGUUUUCAUCCCCGGACCGACGGACAGCAAGCUCAAUGGAGCUUAUGAAGAAGGCCGUUGGCUCGUGCGCCGGCGUAUAACGGACCCGGAGACAAAUUCCCGACCUCGUCGUAUUUGA